CAGAUCAUGUCGACGAAGAACCACCUGGUAUUUGUUAAACGGCCCACAUUCCCCAUUCAUCUACGUACAGUUCGACCUGGCUAGUGGUACACUGUAUCAAUAAACGUAUUAUUACAGGGGAGGCAGACUACAAAGAUAUACAGAACAAACCAGAACUAUGUUCACCUUAAUAGAGGGUUUAAAGUUUGGAGCAACAUCAGCGAUGGGUUUGUUUGCUGGAGGAGCAUUAUAUAUCAAUACAGUGGAGCAUCACAGUCGGCGAACACUUCCAGUUAAGGCCCAGAGACAACAAUGGGCCAACAGCUUCAACAUGGGUAAAAAGUGUCUGCCGUCUAUCGGCCUGAUAGGUGCGGGUUGUGCGACUGCCCUGUUUUUCCAGGAAGAUUCGGAGUACAAAUACUACUGGCUGUCUGGGCCCGUUUUGUUCCUACUCGGAGGCGUCUACUCGGUGGUAGUGAUGUUACCGGAGAUAAAUAUCCUCCUGGACAAGGAAGUAGUCGAAAAGAAAGGUGAGAUGUGGGUCCGUGGUGCCAUAGACAGAUGGAACUAUCGCCAUAUGUUUAGGACCUUCAUAGAUAGCGCCGCCUUUUUCACGUUUCUAUACCUAGCAAUGAAAUCAUAAAUAUUAACGUUGGUUCUUGUGAUUACAAAACAACAUUGCAUCGAUGAUUGUCAAUCGUUUACACAUACAGAUUUUAUUAUCCUUUUUUUGUAAUAAAACAAAAUA